AUGGAGCAUCAUAGGCAUUUCCUUAUGUUUAACUUAGACAAAUUUGACGACUGGAAAGUUCGUAUGCAGGCUCAUCUGUCGGCUAUCCAUGAUGAGAUGUGGGACGUGAUUACUGACGGACCCAUCAAGAUCCUUCAAGUAAACCCUAACCGAAUACUCACUGAUCCAACUUCACCAGAGAUGAUAUCGAAGGAGAAAUCCUUGCUGACCACCGAAGAGAGAACCCGUGUGAAUCUCGACAACAUUGCUAAGGAUAUACUCUACAAAGCUCUGGAUCAAUCGCUAUUUCCAAGAGUGAGAAAGUGCAAGUCUGCCAAAGACAUCUGGGAUGUACUCAUGCGAAUAGGUGAAGGGGACGAACAAGAAAAAGAAAACAAGUUGACGAUUGCCAUGAAGAGGUUUGAGGAUUUCAAACUUGGUCCGAAGGAAUCCAUAACCAAAAUGGAAGCUCGCUUCAUGAAGCUACUGAGUGACCUUGAUGAAGAAAAGCUAUCACAAAAGGAGAUAAAUCUGAAGAUUCUCCGACGACUGCCCAUGAGCUAG